AUGCACUUUGUAUUUUGUCGUUUGAUACUUCUUAGAAUUAACAAAAAGAAAAAAAUUAAAGAACAAACUCACGCUGCGUUGAAGCGUGCCCAACAAAGUGUGGACUGGAGCUGCGAGGGUAUCAAAUCGAACUGGCACGAGGAUGCUAUGAAAGGCAGGAACUAUACCAUCGUCGCCCCAACUGGAACGGGAAAACCCCACGUUGCUAUGCACAUUAUACAGGAUUAUCUACAACAGGAUAAUGAUGGCGGAGACCCGAGGAGGAAGAAGUGUUUUGUAUUUCUGGUGCCGACUGUGGCGCUAGUAGAGCAGCAGAAGCGGCUGUUUGUGAACACCGAACCAAGAAAAGAAUAG